AUGAUGUUCGUAUAUAGGAUUCAGCCUCAAGUUGAAUCUCCUCAACUCAGAGCCUCUUGUCUCUUGGCCAGCUUAGUCGGGCCCUUCAACAUGCUCGGUGGGCCCUUUCCCUUCGCGCAUGCUGACGCGAUCAAGACACAACCUCGAGACAUGAUCCCCGUACACAUGCUCAGGCGCGAGCAGCACAAGCGCUCGCUGCCACUGUCCACCGCGCCUCAGAGUGCUGAAGAAAUCAUUCCUCACGCCAUCCUUCACAAGGACCUGAAAGCUGUGGCAAUCCAAAGAUCUCUGCAGCUCCCACAGCUCCUAAGUGGGGGAUCGCAAGAGUUGGCAACAGCUUGUAGCCACGGCUUUGGGCACGUGGGCCGAAGUGAUUCUGGGCAGAAUGCCGUGGAGACGGCUCUCCGUAACGACUUCUGGGGUUGUAUCAACCACAUUGAGCUACUGCCACUGCACAACACCAGCUGUUGCAGCGGCCUAUUGCCCAUCACUUUCCCGAUGCCGGGUGCUUUCCAGCCAUCUUCCCAAGCCAACAAGCCGAUGGCGAGACCUUCCUUUCCACCGUGGCCAGUGCGACCAAGUAGGUAA